AUGGCGUCCUUCGUACCGAGCCCUGAACUCGUGGAGCAGUUCCACCGCGACGGCUUCCUUGUGCUCCGUGCCAAGGAGCACAGUCUCGUCAGGCCCGAACAGUUGCAGGCCUGGACAAGAGAGGUUCGUGAGUGGCCGGCUGAAAAGGGCAAGUGGAUGCCGUAUCAUGAAGUCAACACCGAUGGCACUCGACAGCUGAUGAGGACUGAAAACUUUGUGGACUAUCAUCCUGAGUUCCAUGCCUUGCUGUGCGGCGAUGCGCUGGCGAAGAUUUUGAAGAGCGUUUCAGGAGAUGACAUGCUUCUCUUCAAAGACAAGAUCAACUAUAAACUCCGCUCAGGUAACGGAUUCGCAGCGCACCUGGACGCGCCCGCAUACGACCACAUUGGCAAGAUUGAACACCUCACAGCCAACUUCGCCGUCGACGAGGCGACCCCCGAAAACGGUUGUAUCGAAGUCGUGCCUGGGUCGCACAGGAUGGACGUUGAACUCUCCCACGGCGGCGCCAUCUCCAAGGCCUGGGAAAAUAGCCAGGAGUGGACCAAAGUGCCCCUUCGGCCCGGCGACGUGCUGUUGUUUGGAAGUCACCUCGCGCACAGGAGCGGGCCGAACCACACCACCAGCAACAGAAGCAGCAUCUAUGCGACGUACCACGGCAAAAGCGACGGAGUGGAUCUGCGACAAAGGUAUUAUAAGCAUAGGAGGGAGAACUUCCCGCCUGACCACGAACGCGAGGCCGGAAAGGAUUAUAGCCAGGGAUACAAGACGUACGGGUUCGCGGCGCCGUUCAUGUCGGAGAAACAGGUCGAGCAGGAUAAAGCGAGGGUACAGCCUGUUCAUUAA